GAACGUUGGAGUAAAGUACUUUUCGCAUACUUUGCUCCUUCUCUCUCGUGUUCAGGUCGCUGUAUAGUUCUAGCUUGGGGGUUUCAGAAUAGCUUAGGAAACGAGUAUAGCGUUCAAAAUCGCAAGACUUAUCAGUGGCGACGAGGAUGACUACAAUGAAUAUUUCUUUGGAGCAGCUAGAUGCUUAUAUGGAGCGUCAAGAAAAGAGGUUUGAACAAUCCCAAAUCAGAAUCAUGGAAGCCCUGAUGCAGAAAUUUUGCCUGUCCCAGCAAAACCCUGCUUCUAGUGAAUCACAAGUAUCUCAUACUGAUUCAGUUAUUAAUGACAUCCGUGAAUUUAAUUUUGAUGGUGCAGCAGGUGUAACUUUUGAUUCUUGGUUUAAGAAAUAUGAAGAUUUAUUCUAUAUUGAUCUCUGCAAACUUGAUGACGCUUCAAAAGUCAGAAUACUUCUAAGAAAACUUGGGACAAUGGAAUAUGAACGCUAUAGUAAUUUUAUUCUCCCGAAGAAUCCACGAGACUUUAGUUUUGAUGAAACAAUUAAAACCCUGUCUCAAAUCUUUGGAGAACAAUCAUCUCUAUUUAAUAUCCGUUAUCAAUGCUUGAAGAUAACAAAAGAACCAGGAGAUGACUGGGUGAAGCAUGCAGGAAUUGUGAACCGAGAAUGUGAGAGGUUCAAAUUAUCUUCCAUGACCGAAGACCAGUUUAAAUGUCUAGUAUUUGUCUUUAGCCUGCAUUCACCCGAGGAUGCUGACAUCCGAACAAGGAUCCUAAGCAAACUCGAACAUUAUCCCAACAUGACCCUGCAAGAAGUAGCGACCGAAUGUCAAAGGUUAGUGAAUUUAAAGCAUGAUACCUCGUUGGUAGAGAACGGUGACCGGUUCCUUCAUGUCCAUGCAGUCGAGAAAAAUGUCUCACAAGGUUCCAGCACGCAGAAUGAUCGUAAUCACAACGAAAAACCAUCAUCCCCAUGCUGGUUAUGUGGCGGUUGGCACUUCAAAAGAAAAGGGCACAAAGAAAGUCAUUGCAAAAACCGAAAACGCCGUCAACAGAAAAAGUAUCCUAAAAGAUUCAAGACACAAACAGCUAAAGUAACAGUAGCUCUUCACAAAGCCGGCUCCCAUCACCGUAGAAAGUAUGUUUCUCUCAAGAUUAAUGGGUAUGAUGCCCGCUUACAGUUAGACACAGUCUCCGAUAUAACGCUUAUAAGCAGGAGAACGUGGGUGAAAAUUGGGAGACCGAGAAUAUAUCCAACUCUUCAAUCAAUACAUAGUGCGUCUGGGGGAAUUCUAAACAUUGCAGGUGAAAUUCAUUGUGAAGUCACGGUCAAAGAGUUUACGGAGAAGGGCGUAAUAUUUCUAACAGACCGUCCAUCACUCGACUUAUUGGGGCUUGAUUGGAUAGAAAAGUUGAAGUUAACAGACCGCCCCAUAGACUCGAUCUGCAACAACGUCAGUACGUCGAAAGUUGAGAAGGACACAUUUAAAAGAGCACUACUGAAAGGGGAAGGAGAGGGGACAAGUCAGCCUAACUCUAUUGUCCCAGAAGGAAAAUCCCCUGCUGAAGUGAUGUUCGGGAAAAGCAUCCGAACUACAUUCGACGUCAUGUUAUCACCUAAACAAAUGGAUGGAUGCAAACAAAAUCAGAAUAUCCGUAGUUUUAAUGUCGGUGAUAAAGUGCUCGUCAAAUCAUACAUUGGGAAAAGUCGCUGGGAACCGGGAGUCAUUGAGAAGAGAAUGGGGAAUGUUUUAUACAAAGUGCGUGGGACUUUCGGAAUGUGUAUUAAACACAUUAGUCAAAUACGCAGAGAAAAACGACUCUAGACACGGUAGAUAGUCAAGUGAGGCUUCCGCUAAUUACAGAUACUCCAAUGACAGGAACCCCAACAGACAUUCAUAGACGCUGGAUACCAAGAAAGUCCCAACGCCGCAGAAAACCAGUUAUCAAGCUGCAAGUAGACCCGAAGAAGAGGUCUCAUUUUUUGAAAGGGGGAGGUGUUGGGAUGAUCCAGAAAAGUUCUCGCAAAAGACACAUGAGGACCAGGAAACAUUAAGAAGCAUUUCAUUCAAUCAGCGUUCACUUGGAGUUUAGCCAGAAACAUCAAGGAUGUGAAACGUCACAUGUAGAGGUUCUGAUUGGUUGAUUGUUAUACGGCUACUAUGUUUAGUUGCAUUCCAGAAUCUUCGAGCAACCCAAGGACAUUUAGAAUAUUAUAAAAACCCUCUGUUUUCUGUAUUAAAAUGAACGUUGGAGUAAAGUACUUUUCGCAUACUUUGCUCCUUCUCUCUCGUGUUCAGGUCGCUGUAUAGUUCUAGCUUGGGGGUUUCAGAAUAGCUUAGGAAUCGAGUAUAGCGUUCAAAAUCGCAAGACUUAUCAUCCACAGAGGUCCGUUACUCUUGAAUCCCGAACAAAAAUCUGAAAAUCAACAAACAAAGGACUCAUUGGUUCAAAACUGAGAAGAUACACAGAAAUCGGGGUAUUUAUGAAAUUAUGUAUGACGCUGAGGUUCCAGAAUCUUUUGGGAAACAAAAUUUGUUGUUUUUUCGAUCAGCAUAAGGAAAAUUUACUCCUCCGUUUCCUAGAUUUAUCUUGAAAGUUUCCGGAAAAUUUUGGUUCGUUUAAGUUUUUUUCAGUAUUUUCUGGAGACCGUUCCCAGGAAUAAUCAAAGACGAUCAAUAAAAAUCAUUCAUCAUCAAGGUGCAUCUUCAAGCUUGAAACUCUCUAAGGGACUUGAAUGUCAGUAAACCAGUUUAAAAAUCGAAUACUUUACCACCAAGCUAUUCAGGUCACAAAUGGCUUCUUGGUGGAUUGAGAUAUUUACGCUAAUUGAUUUCUGAGUGCUCAAUGUCAAUGUUAAUGUAACACUAGAACUUUUGAUAACUUUCACUCUAAUUAAUUGGUACACGUUAUAGUUAAAGUAAGUUUCAGGAGAAACCGAUGUGUGAGACAAACUGAUAUAAAUAAGAACAAAGGGAAUGUGAGUCAACCUCUGAGAAAACUACCACAGAAUGCAAUCAAUAACAAUUAGAGUAGUGAUAUGAGAAUUAGAUCAAUAUAAUUUGGUAAAUAAAGCUUUAAAUCAGUUGAGUAAGUUUUUUGAAUGCGUUACGAUAGUAACUAUGCUUCCUAAAAAGAUUAAUGGAUGUAUAAUCAUUUAAAAUAUUUACCAGAACAUUUACAUUGAAUGGCCUCAACACUACCUAACACUUGAAUGUAUCUAACCCUCAAUCAACAAUGUAUGAAAUUUCCGAAAUUUCUGAUUAAAUCUAGGUUGGACCAGACAGUGUUUAAAUUUAAAUACUAGUCAACCUAUUUAAAGGUCGCCAUGACAACACUAUAUAGUUUAUACUAUUGGCUGACUUAAGCUAAACAAACAUUGGAAACCAAUAGAGAGCUGCAAAUCCGUUUCGUAAUCAUGUCAAAAUCCACUACAGUGCACGCCUCUAACUGCCAUUAUUAUUAUUAUUAUUAUUA